AUGUCCCAGAGGCCCGUUGCAAGGCUAUCGAGGAGGAAGUCGGCCGAAUGCUGUGGGACCACUGUGCUGAAGCCGGACGGAAGUAUGAGGCUUUGCAAUGACUUCCGGAAACUGAACCAGGUCUCCGAGUUUGAUAGCUAUCCCCCAACAUUCCAGCCACUGAUGGACAUUGUCCUGCAACCCCAUCGUAUGUUUGCGGCCGCCUACCUGGACGAUGUGGUCAUCCACUCCUCCACGUGGUCAGACCACCUAUUCCACCUGGGGGAGGUUCUGAAUGAACUCCAGAAGGCCGGGCUGACAGCCAACCCCAAGAAAUGCCACCUAGGGCUGACCGAGGCACCGUACCUGGGCUACCGUAUUGGCCGAGGUAUGUUGAAGCCACAGGUGAAGAAAAUCAAGGCAGUGAAGGACUACCCCUGGCCCACAUCAAAGAAACAGGUGUGUGCCUUCUUGGGGUUGGCGGAGUAUUACCGCAGGUUCGCGCCUAACUUCUCCUCUGUAGCUUCCCCACUCUCAGACCUUACGAAGAAGGGUCAGCCGGACCGGGUAAAGUGGUCCGCGGAGGCGGAGCAGCCGUUCCAAGCCCUAAAGGAGGCCCUCACUGGCACACAGGAAACAAAGAUCGCUCCUCCCGCGACUGCCGCGGUGGUUCUAAAGAGACAGCUCUGCUUCAGCACCACCAAUGUUUUGGACGGCCGGAGAGCAUGUGGGGGUACAGAUCCUUGUAUGUUUCCAUGCCUGGAUGGGCAUCAUUGUCUCUAUGCAGACUCCUGCAACUGUUCUUCCUAUCAGGCUACUGGAUCACACUGCCAAACAGUUCCAAAUACAGGCUUGGAGAGAGAGAUGACAUGUCGAUCAUGGGGGCAAUACAAUUAUGAGACAUUUGAUGGCCUUUACUACUACUUCCCUGGCAAGUGCAGCUACACACUCCUGAAAGACUGUGAGGACAACACAAAAUCAAGUGUGUUCAUACAGCUCCAUAAUGAUCCAGAAUGCAAUUCUAAUCCUUACUCCUGCAGACGAUCAGUAAGCCUCUUCUUACCAUGGGAAGGCGAGAUUAGGUUACAAGGAUUCAAUGUCACAUUCAAAGGUCAAAGCCUACAGCUCCCUCAUAACUUUCAUAAUAUUGAGCUGGAGAGGAUCUCUAACUACAUCCUGGUAUCACAGCAUCAGGUUUUCAUGCUGGCAUGGCAGGGCCUUAGCAGCUCCAUCUAUAUAAAGAUGAGUCCAGAAUUUGUGGGUCGCACCUGUGGACUGUGUGGCAAUUUCAAUGCAGAUGUUCAGGAUGAUCUAAAAACCAGCUAUGGUGUGUUCACAGACAAUCUUGCCAUGUUUGGGAACAGCUGGAUGGAGGAGGAGCCACAGAAGCUCACAUGUCCGAUGGUGCCAUCUCUCUACCCAUUUCCCUGUUCUGCACAAGAACCCCAUAAUCUGCUGAAAGUGGAGGAGGUUUGUACAGCUUUACUGAAAGAUCCAUUUACAUCCUGCCAUGAAUUUGUCAGUCCAUAUUCAUACAUGGCCAGCUGCUCUAAUGACCUCUGCAUGUCUGGUUCCAGUGGUGAUAUGGUUUGCCAAGUGUUCACUGAAUAUACAAGAGCAUGUGCUCAUGCUGGACACCCAUUACACAACUGGAGAGCACAUUUCCCUCAAUGUGGGAUCGAGUGCCCUGCAGAGCUCCUUUACAGAGAGUGCAUCACAUGUUGUCCUGUGCACUGCAAUAUUGAACACAUCUGCAUUGACAGUAAACUACAGUGUUUGGAUGGCUGCUACUGUCCAGACGAUCUAAUCUAUGAGGAUGGCAUCUGUGUGAAGCCAUCAGACUGCCCUUGUGAGCACCAGGGAAUGCUGUAUCCCUCAGGACACACUAUACAGGAGCAGUGCAACAACUGCACAUGUGUUGGGGGUGUGUGGAACUGCACGGAACACAGCUGCCCAGGGGAAUGCUCGGUUACAGGAGACAUGUAUUUUCAAUCUUUUGAUGGCCGUGUUUACACCUUCCCCGCUACAUGCCAGUAUGUUUUAGCCAGAAGCCGAAGCCCAGGCGGGUUCAUUGUGACAAUCCAGAAUACUCCAUGUGGACCUAAUCUGGAUGGGGCUUGUAUUCAGUCAGUGAACCUGGUCCUGAAUGAGGACCCACGUACUGAGGUCACGCUCAGCCAUAGUGGGGAGGUGUACAUGGCAAGCCAGAUCCGUAUCUCUCUACCAUAUUCAGAUGAGAUGUUUCAGAUCCAGGAGGUGUCAUCCAUGUUUGUCCAGGUAAAGACAGUGCAGGGUUUACGGCUACAGUACAACUGGAAAGAGUUCCGGCUGUAUUUACAGCUUGCGGAAUUGUGGAGGGACGACACAGUAGGGUUAUGUGGUACCUUCAAUGGUAACAUACAGGAUGACUUUCUUGCACCCUCAGGCAUGAUAGAGAGCUCUCCAAACUUGUUUGGGAAUGCUUGGCGCUUGUCAUCAGCAUGCAUGCCACGGCCCAGUUUGCCUCAGUUGGAUCCGUGUGAUACUCAUCAGCAAGCCGCGUCCUUUGCUGUGGAGAAGUGUGACGUAUUGAUGCAGGAGGUAUUUGCUGUGUGUCAUGAGCAUGUGAGUCCCAUGGCCUUCCAGCUGCAGUGCCAUGCAGAUGUGUGCAGGUGUGGAACACAGUGUCUCUGUGCUGCUCUUGCCCAUUACACACGUGCCUGCAGGAAGCACAGUAUCAUCAUUGAGUUCCGUUCACACGUGCCUGAAUGUGCUGUGACUUGUCCGCCAACAAUGGAAUAUGGCGUUUGUGUUUCAUCUUGUGAACGGCACUGCCUCUCUCUGUCACUCACACAGUUUUGUGGAGAUGAGUGUGAGGAGGGUUGUGUGUGUCCUCAAGGAACAUACUACAGCACGCACACACAGACCUGUGUUAAAAGGAGUGAAUGCCCAUGCUCCUUCCUGGGAGCUGAUUACUCUCCUGGAGAUGUGAUUCUGACAUCAUCAGAUAUACAAAUUUGUCAAGAUGGCAAAAUUGUCUCACAAAGCAUCAAUACAGAUACACUGUGUCCUCCAGGGCAAGUUUAUGAGGACUGUGGGAAUAUGGUGGAAGGACUGUCAUCUAGUAAAGGUUUGGCUUGUGUUCACACCUGUGAGUCAUACCUGCUUAACCUGACCUGCUCCAGCCAUGAGCCCUGUGUGCCCGGCUGCAUCUGUCCACCAGGAUUUUUAAAGCAUGGAGAUGAAUGUUUUGAGCCUAUUGCAUGCCCAUGUUUAUGGAAGGGUAAAGAGUAUUACCCAGGGGAUAGAGUGUCCUCACCUUGCCACCAUUGUGUGUGUCAACAUGGUUCAUUCCAGUGUGACUUCCGUCCAUGUGCAUCAAUGUGCACUGUGUAUGGAGACCGACAUUACCGUACAUUUGAUGGAUUGCUAUUUGACUACAUUGGAGACUGUAAAGUUUACCUGUUAAAGAGCUCAACUGAUGUAACAAUGAGCGUUACAGCAGAGAAUGUGGAUUGCUUUGAAAGUGGUGUGAUCUGCAGAAAAUCCAUUCUCAUUUCCAUUGGACAGUCCAUCAUUGUUUUUGACAAUGAAGAUGGCAAACCUAAUCCAUCCAGCGUAAUUGACAGACAAAAUGUGUAUAUCUUGAAUUCGGGCUACUUCACCAUUAUCCAUCUAACACAGCAUGAGAUUUCAGUGCUCUGGGACAGAAAAACCACCAUCCACAUACAAGCUGGACCCCGGUGGCAGGGUAAACUCUCUGGUCUGUGUGGGAAUUUUGAUCUGAAGACAGUAAAUGAAAUGAAAACCCCAGAUAACAUGGACUUAUCAACACCACAGGAGUUUGGCAACAGCUGGACAGCAGCAGAGUGUAUUAAAAGUGCUGAUAUAAGGCAUCCAUGCACAUUGAAUCCAAUCCGGGAACCUUUUGCCAAAAGGCAGUGUGGGAUACUCCUCAGCGAAGUAUUCCAAGCCUGUCAUCCAGUGGUGGAUGUUACCUGGUAUUAUAUGAACUGCCUGGCUGAUACAUGCAGCUGCAGUCAUGGUGGUGACUGUGAAUGUUUCUGUACAAGUUUGGCAACAUACGCUCACAGCUGCUGCCAGCAGGGAAUUCCUAUUGAUUGGCGGUCGCCCUCCCUAUGCUCAUAUGACUGUGAAUACUACAAUAAAGUUCUAGGUAAAGGUCCGUAUAGGUUGCUGACCUAUAUAGAGAAGAAUUUGCUAUUGGCAGCCAAUCGGACAAGUGGAUUGGUGUUUCUGAAGAGGGGAGUGUCCAGCACUGAUGGUGUUGUGACUCUGUUCAUGAUGACUCCAGGACUUAGUAAAACCCGACCACACGAUUCAUCACUAGUAUCAUUUGAAGCAGCAGACAGGCCAAAUUAUUUCCUCCUCGCAGAGCGCAGUGGCCACAUAAGACUGCGCAAGUGGGAGGACAGCAGGGAAUUUUGUGAUGCAGCAACAUUUAUACUGCAUAGGGACACAUGGAUCACUGGAUUUGAUUCACUAGAGUCACUUAUGUGGCCUGGAUUCUUUCUACAGUACAUGUUGUAUAAACUGCAACUUCUGAAAUACAAUCACUCAGCUCGCUAUCGUAGGGCCACUCUCUUCAAACUUGCUGGCAGCACGACAGACUACUCAAUGAGUCCUCAGUGCCAGUGGAGGUAUGAAUCCUGCACAAGGCCAUGUUUUAGGACAUGUAGUGAUCCGGCAGCUCUAAGUUGUGUCACCAUCCUAAAAGUUGAGGGAUGUCUGCCCCAGUGUCCAGCUCAUAUGGUCAUGGAUGAGAUGACUCAAAGAUGUGUCUAUCUGGAGGACUGUAUUAAGCCUCCAGUUACACUGCCAGAAUUCAAUUUAACACCUACUGCUGUCACCUCUUCAACUCUGGCCACAGCAACUGUCUCCACCAUCGCAGCAACAGAGGCACUCAGUACUACAAUCAGUCAUACAAAAUCUUCCCCUCCAAAACUUAGCAGUACAGCUUUCACAACCUUUACUACACACAGUUCAACCCUAUUGUCUAUACCUAACACUACCGCUACCAUACCAGUGGCAGAUGAAUCAAUGAAGACAUCUUCAUACCCACCUAAGUCAUUGUUUUCUACUCCUAGAACCAUUACAGUGCCCACCACUAAUGUUUCUACUUCCAAUAUUACAAGGACAAUGACUACAACUGUAAGAGCAACAGUAACACCAACGGUAUCCAUUAGUACAAAUUCCUCUGUAACCUCCAGCAUGGACGUGUCUCCCACCUCAGCCAAAUUACUCAGUAGGAUAAGUACUCUUCCCUCUAUACUAGCAUUCACUACUGAGGGCACUACUGAGUCCACAUCAGAAACCCUCAGAGUACCUCCCGGUACUACCAGCACUGAACCUGCAACAUUUUCAAAAACUUCCACAGUUAGAACUACAAAAACUCCUGAAAUUUAUACAACCAGUACAGAGACCUUUACUGCUGAAACCUUUACAUUAACUAAAUCACUUGCAUUAGACUUGAGUACAUCUGUCACCUCAGCAUAUCCUAGUGUACCUGCCCCAUUACAGACUCUCACUAUAAUGCCACCUACAAUCACUCCAAGAUAUUCCACAGAGCUUACUACAGCAGUCAGUGCCUUCAGCACACUAAAAACAUCUACAGUGAGUCAGAGAGAACCUUCAGUGGCACACACCAAAGAGAACACUAUGCCAACUUCUUUGUUUGUGGUGAAAACAUCAACACCACAUCUCCCUGUCAAACCUAGAGAGACAACCCAAACAUCAUCUGUAGCUUCAUAUCCUAUGUCAAAGCAACCUGUGACCACCAAAACAAUAGCAGACAUCAACCCCACAACCCAAAUUACAACAGUGCCUUCCACAGUCUCUAGAGCUGAGGCAGUGGAAACCACAGCAACUACAACCUUUCAGCCAAUAUCUAUGCUCUAUACCACUCAUGCAUCAUGGCCUCCUGGUGUCCCACCUAUUGAAGACACACACGCAACCACACACUGGCGAAUGAGCCAGACCACCACCACAGGGACACCAUCCACUGAUUCUAUUCCACCAACUCUGCCUGAAAGCACAACUAAAGCUGCAGUACCCACUCUAAUGACAAGCCUUCAAGUGCCAUCUCUAACCACACGCACUACAGUUCUCCCUUCAGCCAUAGCACAUGUGAUAUCAUUAUUACCACCUUCACACAUUUUGCCCAUUCACAUGACAACCCCCAUAACUUCUCCACUGGUGAGCAUUGGUACUCUAGCUAAACCUACCACAACUAGUUCCACAGAGUCACAUUUAGGUCCCCUUUCUUACUCAUCCUCAACCACAGCUCAUCUCUCAAAAUUCAACACAUUCAAGACGCAUUCAAGACAGCCUUCUACUUCAACUUCCACAGCUGAAAUCAAGAUAAAAACAACAGUUCAACCUUAUAUGCCUGCAGUUACAAUGGUUACUUCUGCAGUGUUACCUCAAACACAGGUGACAGGUUCAGCUGCUACAUCCAGAACAGCUAAGCCUCGCCCAUCAACCACGGAGAGUCCCAAAAUAGAAGCAACUCAUUUCCUUCCUCACACUGACAAAUUUGAACUUUCUACUAAUACACAAUCCACUUCCAGUCCCCAAAUGACUUCAUCCACAGAGAAAGUGGCAACAAUAGUAACUCCCAACAUUAUCUCAGCUGUUGCUCCAACUAUGCACAAAACAUCCAGGAUCACCAUGACAACACACAUUCCUCCUCCAAUAGUCACUGAAAAGCCAACAAAAAUUACAACCACAGAGAAAACGUUAGCUACCACAGCAAAGCCUGUUUCUCAAACUAUCUCAAGUCCAUUUACAUUUUCAACCAUUCAUAGUACAAAGACAUCACUUCAAAAGACUGAAAACAGAACUGCAAUGGACACCACUGCAACAUCAGUCAGCACAAGCACAUCAACCACUGCUUCCAGGGCACCAGAUUAUACAACUACAGCCUCAGAAAGAACAAUUUUUCUCACACUGUCCCCAUCAGAUGAGAUGACAUCAGCAACACACAUAACAGAACGGCUAACAUCACCAGACAUGUCCCAAACUUCCAGCCCUGCAGUACUCACAGCCACAACUCCCUAUAUAACACAGACAAAGCACUGGAUAACCCCAACAGAGGAGUUUCUUACUUUAACUCCUACUUCACCAAAGGAUGUUGGUCCCAGCAAAGUCUGCACUGAACCAUACUCUGUGGUGGUAGAUGAGUGCACUAAGCUCAUUUGUGUGAAUGGCCAACUGGUCUUGUUCAAUAAGUCCCAGAUAUGCCCCUAUGACUCCAGCCCUCCAAAUUGUGGUCUACUUGGCUUUGCGGUGCUGAUCAACGGAGACAAAUGCUGCCCAAAAUGGGACUGUCCAUGUCGUUGUUCAGUGUUUCCAGACAUAAAUGUUGUUACAUUUGAUGGGAACAGCAUAGCCCUUUACAAAGCAGCUGCAUAUGUGGUGACACAACUCAUGAAUGAGACCGUCACCAUCCUGGUGAAGGAGUGCCACAGCUCAGACAGCACAUUUGUCUGGAACUUUACUCACUUGUGCCUGGCAGCUCUAAACAUUACUCAUGACUCUAACCAGGUGCUCAUUCAUCGCUUGCAGAGGCAGGUAUAUGUCAACUCUAGGUAUGCAAAGCCACGUUUAAAAAAGUAUGGUUUUGAGAUUUUAGAUACAGGUAUUAUGUAUCUGAUUUGGACUCCUGCUGGCCUGAAGAUCCAAUGGUUCCACAGCACAGGCAUGAUGGUGAUUGAAACAGAGACUUAUGCCAACAAGGUCUCCACCAUGGGGUUGUGUGGUUGCUGUGAUGGCAACUCACUAAAUGAUCUGCUCUUACCUAACGGUACUGUAGUAGCUGAUGAUGAAGAUCCAGCUGUAUUCAUUGAUAGCUGGCAGAUUCCCAACACCACAAGUUAUGUUAGCCAAAGCAGAAGAAGGGAGGUUAACUGCUCUACUAGCGACUGCUCUGACUGUCUCAACAUGCUCAACAACUUCACUUUCACUGCUUGUCAUUCUUAUGUUCCGCCAGCUACAUUUUGUGAAAUAUGGGUACGAGAUGCAGAGUAUGUGAAUAACCCUUGCAUGGCUCUUGCUGCAUAUGUUGCUUCCUGCCACAAAUUCAACGUCUGUAUCAAGUGGAGAAGCCCAGACUAUUGCCCAUUUGUGUGUCCUGGGACACUGCAAUACCAGGCAUGUCUGCCUACUUGCACAGCUCCUUCAUGUCCUAAUAAGGAGUUUGAAUAUGACACUGUACAGUGUUCAGGCAUGUCAGAGGGAUGCAUGUGUCCAGAGGGGACCUUACUUCAUAGACCAUACGCUGCAAUCUGCAUCUCACCCGUCAAGUGUGCCUGUACAGAUAGUUUCGGAACUCCCCGUGCCUUGGGUGAGGUUUGGAAGGCUUCAGUGGAUGGAUGCUGUAUGUAUCGGUGUGAAAGUGAUGGCAUUGUGCCUGUAGAGUUUGAAUGCAGUGAUGUUCCCCAGCCAGUCUGCACACGAGCAGGCGAGAUCAGCAUUAGCCUGGCAGAUGAUAACAGCUGCUGCACCCAAAGAGUCUGUGUGUGCAAUCAGAGUGCAUGUGAGACCACUUUGAUGGAUUGUAAAUUUGGACAAAAGUUGGUGUCAUACUUCAGACAUGACUCAUGCUGUCCAGAGUACACCUGUGAGUGUGAUCCUGACCAGUGUGUGCUAGAUGUCCCCAUGUGCCGAGAGGAUCAGACACUAAUUGCCACUCGCACUGAAGGAAGCUGCUGUCUGGCGUACAUUUGCAUGUGUGACAUAUGUUCAGAGCCGAUUCCGGAGUGUGUAGAUGGAGAGAUGCUUACUGUGGAUUCAAACAGUACCGAUCGAUGCUGCCCCACAUAUCACUGCUUGUGUGAGCCUUCCAGAUGUUCAGUCAUCACAUGUCCAGUAGGAAUGGUUGCUGUCUCUACUAUGGUUCCAGAGCAGUGCUGUCCAUCACAAGAAUGUAGAUGUGCAUGUGAGAGAAUCUCUCAGCCUAAAUGUGGCCUGGGUGAGAAUUUGCAAUUAGACAGUGCAUUUAUGGCAGAUCCUGAGAAUCACUGCGGCUGCAGACAUUAUCAUUGUGUGAGAAGCGCAGUGUGUGUAGAUGGAAAGAGGGGAGUAAUGAGACCUGGACAAACCUUGAUGGAACACAGUGCUUUGGGAGUCUGUUAUACAACAAGAUGCACACACAGAUUCGACUCUGCCACUGGGUUCUACCUCAUAAAAGCAAGCAGCAUUAACUGCACUGCACAGUGUCAGCCAAACCAGGUUUAUAUACCCCCUAAAGACCAGAGUGCCUGUUGUGGAGUGUGUAAGAAUGUAUCCUGUGUGUACCACAAUGACAACGGAUCUCUAGCUUUGUACAAGCCUGGAAAGAGCUGGGUGUCUGACUGCAUGCGUUAUGACUGUACAGACACACAGUCUGGACCAGUACUGGUGUCCUACUCCUAUAGCUGCCCCCCCUUUAAUGAAACAGAGUGCAUGAAGAUUGGAGGCACAGUAAUGACAUACAUGGAUGGAUGCUGCAAAACAUGCAAAGAGGAUGGAAAAUCUUGUCAGAAAGUCACUGUGCGGAUGACAAUAAGGAAAAAUGACUGUCGUAGCAACAGACCGGUGAAUAUAGUGUCAUGUGAUGGCAAGUGCCCUUCAGCAAGUAUUUACAACUACAACAUCAACACUUAUGCACGGUUUUGUAAAUGCUGUAGGGAGAUGGGCCUUCAGCGGCGCUCUGUCCAGCUCUACUGCAGUGGCAACUCCACGUGGGUAAACUACUCAAUCCAGGAACCUACAGACUGCUCUUGCCAGUGGUCUUAAAAAACACACACACACACACACACACACGCCUCAAAUGGAAAUGUCGUCAUCUUCACAAUUCUGUAUUUUCAUAUUCUCUAGAACAACAAAGGGCAUUCUAACACAGGGUAAAAUAUAUUUUAUAUAUAUAUAUAUAUAUAUAUAUAUAUAUAUAUAUAUAUAUAUACACACACACACACACAGACACCGUUGAACAGAAAGUGUUCACUGAACUUGAAUAUAUUUUAUACAGAAUUGCUGUGUCUGUCAUCACUCCCAUCACAUUGGCAGACAUUCAGAAAUAUUUACCUAGCUGGAUAUGUCUUGUACCGUUCCCCGUUUGGAGUUUGAAGUGAGGGGGUAAAAAGAAGCAAAAAAAAGGUGUUCAGUAAACUAGGUAUAUGCAUUAGAUGUAUUUAUAGAAAAUAUGUAGUGACUUAAGUGAUUACUGAAUAUAUUAAUCAGUUGCAUUUUAAUUACUAAAGCGGUGUUGUGUUUUGUAAACUUUAACUAUUUAUUACAUUAUAAGUACAACUUCACAGUCCAUGAGAAAACUAGAACACUGAAUUCAGAAAAAAUAAAUUGAUAUUUGCUCUGUUGAGUGUUAAAGACUAAUAUUAAGUCCUGUAUGAAUCUUACUUCCUAAGCAUUUUCUUUACGGAAUAUACUGUGUAUCAUAAUGCAUUAUAUUUGCAGUAUAUUUUCAUUUUCAAUAAAAAAAUUAUUU